AUGUUCCGACAAGCGUCGUCGCAGUCUAACGUGACCCGGCUGGGUCUGCUGGAGCGGGUGUUGUCGUCCAGCGUGACCUCGGCGGCCUGCUUGGCGUUCCUAGUCAUCAACGUCGUGAUGAUGCUCACCUUGAGAUGGAAACUCGUGUUCCGGGAGACGUCUCGCUACAUCCUGCUCUUCCACCUCCUCCUGGCGGACACGCUGCAGAUGGCAAUCAGCCAGGUGUUGUACCUGCUGCACACGUACCGGAUCAUCCUCACCUACCCCCAGUGCGGCGUCCUCGUCAUGCUGAAUAUCAUGACCAAUAACGUCUCUCCUCUGAUACUGGUGUUGAUGUCUCUGGAGAGAUACGUGGCUGUGUGCCACCCUCUCAGACACGCUUCCAUCAUCACCGUCAGGAACACGGGGGCGGCCGUGCUCUCCGUUUGGAUCUUGACUCUGCUUUACCUUGUCACUCUGCUCGCAUUGUUGCGCUUUCACUUCGACCAGCUGGAGACUCUGAUGAUGCCCGAACUGUGCAGCAGCGACCGGCUAUUUCCCCUGCUCGUGUUGUAUCGCUACAGAACAGCUUACAACGGUUUUGUGUUCAGCUCGGUGUGCUUGCUCAUUGUUUGCAGCUACAUCGGCGUAGCGAUGGCGGCCAGGUCCGCGUCGAGGAGUCAACGAGACAAGGAGUCGGCCCGUAAAGCUCAGCAGACGCUGCUGCUGCACCUGUUGCAGCUGGGCCUGAUACUCUUGUCAUGUAACCACUUCGCCGUCGUGGUUUUUUUUUACUCCGUUUUCCCCAGAUUGAUCUUUAUACGAGUACAGGCCUUUCUGUUUGUGUGUUUUUUAUUCUUGCCCCGAUGUAUGGCGUCCCUAGUCUACGGGCUGAGGGAUCGGUCGAUCAGAGUCGUCCUCACAUCCUAUCUCUGCUGUGUCAGGAUUGAGAAAACCGUCAGAAUCAAUGGUAAUCGAUGUUUGUAA